AGGAGCCGCUCAGACAUGGAAGGAGCAACCAAGAUGACGACCGUACUUGCAUCUUUGGCUAUUUUUACUUCCGUCUUGAUGCCUGUUGUACACAGUGCGAGUGAGGCUGUUGCAUGGUGUUAUCAUGAACAUUCAUGCAAUGAUACUGUUUGGGUCACUGUGCCAUAUGGUGUAUGCAAUGGGACACGGCAGUCACCCAUAGACAUCAUCACAGCAAGUGUACAGGGAGAUGCCAGCUUAACUGCCUUCACCUUCAAUGGCUUCAGCAACAAUACAGCUCUGAAGAAAAUUUCUAACACUGGGGAUACAGUGAAGGUGGAGAUUAGCUCUGGGCUUGUGUCAGUUGCUGGUGGGGGACUGCCCACUUCCUAUGAUAGCCUGCAGUUCCAUCUGCAUUGGGGUAACACCAGCAGCACUGAUGGUUCUGAGCAUACUGUGGAUGGAAAGGGUUACCCCAUGGAGCUGCAUAUAGUAAACAUCAAGUCUGAAUUCAACGGCAACACAACCCUUGCAGUGAAAGACCCCGAGGGACUCGCAGCUCUUGGCUUCUUUAUUGAGGCAAGUAAUGACAUUGGGCUGCCUGAAAGCUGGAAGAGUCUGACCAGCUACCUGAAAAACAUCACAAAUAAAGGUGACCAAGCAUAUCUCCAGCACCAUAUCUCACUUGAUGAUCUUCUGGUUGGAGUGGACCGUACCAAAUACUAUCGCUAUCUGGGCUCCCUGACCACUCCUUUAUGUCAAGAGGCUGUGGUAUGGACUGUUUUCAAGGAUCCAAUUAAAGUCAGCAAAGACCUGAUUGAUCUCUUCUCUACGACUGUCUACUUCAAUACCUCCUCUGAAUCUCCUCUGAUGACCAACGUGUACCGUAGCAUCCAACCUCUGAACGGCAGAGUGGUGAAGACUCAGGCAACUGCCUCCACUUCUGCUGGCUCAAACAAUUCACACACACUUGGCCUCCUCUGCUUUGCACUGCUCCCCCUGUUCUGGAGAGAAUAGAUGGAUACAAGUCUGUCAGAGCAUUUCCAUGUCAUUAUACGCUUAUUAUGUAAAUUGUACAUUUUAUGCACAAAUGUCUUCCUUUCUCUAUUAAACCCUUGGGUCACUGGAAAAUAACUAUAUGCAUUACGUUUUACUGGAAAGUACUGGAGAAAGUACUUUUUUAUUUUGUCAAGCCAUGAGCUCAUGAAAUUUUAUUAGAACAAAGAGCUCUGAAAUUUGGGUAUUUAUGAAAUAUGCAAUUCAUUUGA